UGAGGGAAAGUACCAAAAAGAAGUCCCUCCUAACUCCUUUUCCUGAUCACUUUACCUUAAUAUGGAUGUAAAACGUCAUGAAGUGAAGGAAAGAUGCGAAGAAGAUAGAUAGAUAGAUAGAUAGAUAGAUAGAUAGAUAGAUAGUUGAUGGUCGACACUCCAUACCAGUUGGUGGCGGUAACGCACCAUUUUACUUUUUACAAACCGCCAAUGAAACUUAAAAAGAAGAAGAAGAAGAAGAAGAAGAAUGUGUUAGUACCUUGGGCUUUUCUGUGUCUUAUCGCAGUUUUAAAAAUUGGCACUUUUUGAAGAACCCACAUCAAAGUAUUAUGUUAAAUCCAAUUUAUGAAGCAGUAGGUGCAUGGCAUGGUCGUUGCUUUUUGUCAGUUCUGACGAGGACAGCUGAGUGAUGUUGUUGGUGAGCUUGGAUUAAAUCAUCUCUAAACAAAGAACUUGUCCUCGUGGUGACUGACUUGGGGAGUGGAGGUCAGUGAGCCCAUUGUCUCUGCUGGUGCGACUCCAACUACAAAGCCGGCCCGCUCGCCCCCUCCUGAGUCUGAGAGGAGAUCCAGAGAGAAAGAAGUGAAAGCAGGUCGAAACCUCAGCACAUGGAUGAUAUCAACCAAAAACAUCCAGCACCAGCAAGUAAAGAUGAGCCAGCGGCGAUCCCUGUGGAAAAGACUUUUCCUGCUAUGAAGCAGCCCAGAAGACGCAAGCGCGCCAACAGGGAGGACAGAAGCUUGAGCUGUGAUCAGUGUGGAAAGUCUUUUACUCAGAAAGGUCACUUAAGGAGACAUCAUAUGAUCCAUGUUGGAGUUAAAUCAUUUGUCUGUGAUCAGUGUGGAAAGUCUUUUCAGGAUAGAGAUCACUUAGAGAGACAUCAGGGCGUCCACAGUGAAGUUAAACCUUUCAGCUGUGAUCAGUGUGGAAAGUCUUUUGCUUAUGUUAGUAACUUAAAAAGACAUCAGCUCAUCCAUCGUGGAGAUAAACCUUUCAACUGUGAGCAGUGUGUACAGUCUUUUACGCUGAGAAGCAGCUUAAAAAAACAUCAGCUGAGCCACAGCGGUGUGAAACCAUUCAGCUGUGAUCAGUGUGGGAUGUCUUUUACUCGGAUUGGUAGCUUGAAAUCACAUCAGCUGAUCCACACCGGUGUGAAGCCAUUCAGUUGUGAUCAGUGUGGAAAGACCUUUACUCAUAGAUCCAGCUUAAAAGCACAUCAGCCGAUCCACACCGGUGUGAAACCAUUCAGCUGUGAUCAGUGUGGAAAGUCUUUUACUCAGAUUGGUAGCUUGAAAUCACAUCAGCUGAUCCACACUGGUGUGAAACCAUUCAGUUGUGAUCAGUGUCGAAAGACCUUUACUCGGAGAUGCAGCUUAAAACGACAUCAGGUCGUCCACACUGAAUUUAAAGCUUUCAGCUGUGAUAAGUGUGGAAAGUCUUUUACUCGGAUUGGUAGCUUGAAAUCACAUCAGCUGAUCCACACCGGUGUGAAACCAUUCACUUGUGAUCAGUGUGGAAAGUCUUUUCAUUGUAGAAAUCACUUAGAGAGACAUCAGGGCAUCCACAGUGAAGUUAAACCUUUCACCUGUGAUCAGUGUGGAAAGGCUUUUACUGAGAUUGGUACAUUAAAAAUGCAUCAGCGCAUCCACAGUGGAGAGAAACCUUUCAGCUGUGAUCAGUGUGGAAAGGCUUUUGCUUACUUUAGUAACUUAAAUAGACAUCAGCGCAUCCACAGUGGAGAGAAACCAUUCAGCUGUGAUCACUGUGGAAUCGCUUUUAAUCAGAAGAGCCACUUAAAAACACAUCAGCUCAUCCAGAGUGGAAAGAAACCUUUUAGCUGUGAGCAGUGUGGAAAAGCUUUUACUUGUAUGACUAGCUUAAACUCACAUCAGCUCAUCCACUCUGGUACUAAACAAUUUGUAUGUGGUGACUGUGGAAAGGCUUUUACUCAAAAGAAGGGCUUAAAAAGACAUCAGCUCAUCCACUAUGGCGUUAAAUCAUUUGUAUGUGGUGACUGUGGAAAGGCUUUUCUUGAGAUUGAAAGGUUAAAAUCACAUCAGCUAAUCCACUCUGGUACUAAACAAUUUGUAUGUGGUCACUGUGGAAAGGCUUUUACUCAGAUGACUAGCUUAAACUCACAUCAGCGCACCCACUCUGGAGUUAAAUCAUUUGUAUGUGGUCAGUGUGGAAAGUCUUUCAUCCACAACAAAAAUCUAUUGACGCAUCAAAAGACCCACAAAGUGUCCUCCUGUGAGAAAAGGGGCAGACCAAUGGGACAUUACCCUGACAGGGUUCAUUUGAACACAGUGGGAGAAACAGGGGAUCUGAACAAAAGUUCUUCUGGAUGCUGUGUCAAACUUAAAAAGCUUGAGAUCAGGCUUCACAGAAUUCAGCUUUAAUUUCCUGAGAAAGUCAGAGCUUCACUAUGUCUUUGUAGAUCUAGUGAAACCAUGAAAAGGUGCAAAAAGAGGCACUGUGGUACUGCAUGAUGAAGUCAGAAGUGACAGAGAAGUAUGUGAGCGUGGUUCAGGACAUGUGUGUGUGGUAGCAGUGACUACCACACAUACUUGGGUUGAAGGUGGGGGGAGGAUUACAUCAAUUCUGAGCCCCUUCUUUCUUUUUCAAAGCGAGGGCAAUACUCAGGAAAGGAUGAUGACAAUAGAGCUGCAAGACAGGAUGGAAAGAAAAAGAGUUUAAAAGAAGAUCAUGAAUGUUGUGAAGCGAUCGAGCCGCGAUCACAAAAUCUUAGCUUAUGGAGUUAGUUAUCCCAAUACAAGUUUAGCAAGUUACACUUCACAGGCUGUGUCCACAAACAGCAUACAGAGCAAACAUUACUCCAUCGUCUGAUCACAAGAAAAGCAAAAUGUCAGAAGAGUUCACCUUCUGGGUCAAACUGUCAGACCUGUUACUGUUUAUUUGGCUGUUCAUCGUGAGGUAAUUAUCAGUGUCAGUGCUGUGCCACUUCUAUUGUAACUCACAUGAAAUGUGUUUUAAAUGGGCUCUAUUGUCUUACAAUAUUGUGUGCAGUGUUGGUCAAGUUACUUGAAAAAAGUAAUCAGUAACUAUUAUUAUACUACUAUAAUUACUGAUUGCUUAAAUUAUAUGCAACAUUCUCUAACUGGAAGAAAUUUGUUUAACAUUUAAACCUAUUUUUUGCACAUUCUAGCUUAUAAAAUAAAAUAUUUUUGUGUUUACACUCAGUCUUUCAAAUAGAUGCAAGUAAAACAGUAGCAAAUAAAUAAAAUCAAAGACUAGCGGUCCUGUUGCUCUAUUUUCACCUGUAUAGCAGAAGUGGGGCAGGCGGAGGUUUUCCCUGGUGCAGGUGUGUCGCAGCCAUCAUGUCAGUGGAGGAAUCCUGAGUUUCUCUGUGAAUUUCACAUUCCGUGGUAGCGCACUCGGUGCUUGCUUGGACGAUAAGGGGUUUUUUCGCUGUAAAAAGAAGUUUUCUUUCCACACAGUGAACAGCGGAGGCUAAUGGUUUUGUCACUUUUUAUGGAAUCAAACUCAAAGUAAGGUCGGUACUUCCACGCUUUAGAUGCUUCACAGUCAUACUCUCUCCCGCACUUGAUAUAUUAUCCAUUGUUGAUCUGCACACAGCUGUUGCCAUGAACGUCGCACUCGCAUACAUGAUUGUCAUGAGACACUCACAAAAAUAGUGCAAUAGUAAUCCCUUACUUUACUUGUUACUUGAAAAAAGUAAUCAGAUUACAGUAAUGCGUUACUGCCCAUCUCUGAUUAUGAGUCUGUUUUGCUCCACAAAGACACAACCCCUCCUGCAAUUUUCAAUGUUACAGUAAAAAAAGGUAAAUUGAUAAAUUUGUGUCAUUUUUGAACAGGCAGUAUGUGGAAAAUUGAAAUAUUUUCUUAUCCAUGUGUAAAGUUCUCAGUGGUCUGUGUUUUCUUACAGGAUGUGAGUGUGUUUUGCUCCAUGAAGAAACAAAUCUACUGUUGGGUUUCUAUUUUGUUAUUGUCAUUUUUAUUAAGAAAUAUUUAACCAUAUAUGCUUAGAGGUGUAUAAUCGAUUGUGUAGUGAUAGGAUGUGUGAUCUUUAGUAGUCUGCAGAACGUUGUGUGCAUUCCACAGUGUUCUGGCUUUCACACUCACAUUUUGGGAGCAUGGGAGAGGUCGUACCUUCUUUUAUUGUUUUAUGGUACGAUAAACGUAUCUAUAUCUGUUUUAGUCUAAGUGCCUUUUGUUUAGAUGAACUGCUGGACUUUCAGGCCAGCAGGUUUAGGGAAGUCAUUUACGGGGUCACGCUUUGACCACACACACACACACACACACACUCACACACAGAUUUACCAGCCUUUAGAAGGCAGAAAUGGUCAGUCAAACACUUCACUUCUUAUCCAAGUCUACCUACUGACUGUCCACUUGAGGAUUGUCUGCAAUUUCGAUCUAUUGCUAGAGGCCACAUCUCUCAAAUAUAUAGCACAUUGCAGCAUAUAAAGGCAGACUCUGUGUCCAAAGCCAGAAAUGCCUGGGAGCUGGACUUAAACCUCCAGAUCCCAGACGACCUAUGGGAUCUUAGUGUUAGCAAGAUACAUGAAUCCUCAAUCUGUAUACGGCAUUGUAUAAUACAGUUUAAAAUUCUUCACGGGGCGUACCUAACCAAAGCUAAACUAGCUAAAAUAUACAAUACCUCUGAUGAUAGAUGUCUGAGGUGCAAGCAAUCACCCGCCGAUAUUAGCCAUAUGUUCUGGACCUGCUCUGAUUUGAACCGGUUCUGGGAAUUAGUUUUUAAAGCUCUUUCAUAUGUGUGUGGGAAAACAAUUGAUCCCAAUCCGAUGACAGCAGUCUUUGGUGUACUCCCAAACCAUCACGGUAUAACUUCUUAUCAAAUGAAUGCAGUGGCUUUCUCAUCUCUACUGGCACGCUGGCUAAUUCUUCUUAAAUGGAAGGAUUCAGGUCCGCCAGUGUUUAUUCAGUGGGUGAGAGAGGUGAUGAGGUGCUUGCAGAUAGAGCAUUUGAGAUACAGUUUGAGAGGGUCUCAAAGUAAAUACUACAAAACCUGGUCAUCCUUUGUUGAAUAUGUGGAGAAGUUGUCAUUUACUGAAGUAUGAUGUUUUACUGCUUUUAUCUGUGUUUGGGGUUUUUUUUCUAUUCCUGCAAGCCAAAAAGAACUGCGCACAAUGCAGCCUCCCCUUUUAUUUAUGUAUUUGUUUUAUUUUAUUUUCGUUUGUUUUUUUGUUUGUUUUUUUUGGUGGGCUUUGUUUUUUGGGUUUGUUUGUUUGUUUGUUUGUUUGUUUUUUGCUUUGUUCACAUGGUAGUAUUUUUUUUGUUUGUGCCCAUAGAUUAUACUUUUUCCUGCAUCCAACUGGUUUGCCACUGCGUGGCGCAACCGGUUUCACAAUGGCAGUGUUUGUAAUCGCAAUUCGAGUUAUAUUUUUCUCUACUUUUGUUAUAUUGGAAAAUCAUAAAUA